AUGCCGCGUGGCAGCAGGUACCAUGUCCAUGAAUUCGCCGAGCGGUUCCGGGCGGCGGAAGUCGGCGUUCGGGCGCCGCAUAAACGAGAGCAACGGGCUGCGCCUGUCUUGCGGAGCCGGGUCGCCGGUAUCAGUCCACCGACGGCGUCGGGCCGUGUUGCGACGUCGGACCAACGGCUUGGCUCUCUCGCGUUGCCCCAUCAUCUCAUUUCGCUCCUGUCAUCAACAUUUCUGAUUCCGUUCGGACGAGUCACACGAUUCCGUGCUUCUUUAAUGCCGCAUACUGCUGUGUUCAUUGGGACAAAUGGCCGGGUCGCCGGUAUCAGUCCACCGACGGCGUCGGGCCGUGUUGCGACGUCGGACCAACGGCUUGGCUCUCUCGCGUUGCCCCAUCAUCUCAUUUCGCUCCUGUCAUCAACAUUUCUGAUUCCGUUCGGACGAGUCACACGAUUCCGUGCUUCUUUAAUGCCUCAUACUGCUGUGUUCAUUGGGACAAAUGGAUUGACGAGCCCUGAGAUUCCGUCGGGUGGACUCGGGUUUCUUCAUCAGAGAACCCAGUCGAUGGACUCAGUGAGUUCGGGCCACAGCUCCACUCCGUCCAACGGAGUGGCUCAUCCCUCGUCCGGCAUGGCUUUGUCCGCUUCCUACGCCGACUUCUACUCCAAGCGACGCGUCACUGUCAAGCCUCUGGCGGACCCGGACGACGAAGAGGAAUCUUCUUACAAGCCUCUGAAAGAGACUCCAAUGGAAAGAGAGAUUCGAUUGGCUCGAGAACGUGAGGAAGAACUGCGCCGAAUCCGCUCGUUUCAGGCGUCGUUUCAGAACGCUCCGAAGCAAGAAGCAUCGCCGGUAAUCGGCGACCCGCAGACCAAGCAAAUUGAACAGGAGAAGGUGUCUCCCGUGCUUUCGUGGGAUUUAUCCGGAAAAACUGAAGUGGUGAGUGAAUCUGCAUAUUGUCCUCGAUCCCGGAUGGGUUCGAAAGCUGGCUGUGGUCAGCGUAGGUGCAAAGCAGGAACUUUGAAACGCUCGGAUAGCAGCGGCUUUGCCAAAACAAAAACAAAAACCUUCCGCUUCCUCAGUUCGACCUAA